AUGGAUACAAGAAGCGAUUGUACUGAAUAUAGUUCUGAUAUUCCACCGUGUAUUCUAGACGGCAAAUGGAUGACGACAGAUUGUGGAGUUGUUCUUCAGCAUAAUGUGAGUAUUUUAUACCAAGAUUCAUCGCAACGGGAUUCAUCUGAACGUUUAUAUCCAGCUUUCAAGUAUUUUACCGAGAAUGAACAAUGUCAGAAAUCGUUUGAUCUGUUAAAGUCAGUCAAAGGUCGUGUAGAAGACAGCAUUAAAAAUUUUCUGGGCACCAACUUUACGUAUUCUCCUCAACCCUUACCGAAUGAUCGUUUAUCUUCCGACGAGAAUUUUCGCCAGUCAGAACAAAGUAAAAUCGGUGAUGAAAUUGCUGGAGCUUUCACUUGGACGGGGGCUGCCGUCGUUACUAAUGCAUUGAUGCAGCAUACAUCCAAAAACGAUGAGCGAACAUCGCUAUCACUUUCUGCUAUAGCUUUUUGUAGAGUUCUACAUGCUCUUGGCAGUCUUUCACCUGGUAGGGCAGCGACACUUUCUGUCCUACCGGCAAAUAUUCCAACAAGUUUAUCCAGUGACGAUCAAGAAUCUUCGAAAUCAACAAGUAAUCUUGGCGAUAAAAAGCUGACGGAUUCUUUAGAGGCAGCUAUGCGAAAAUUUUCCUCAUCCAUGAAGAACUCUUCUGCUGCAAGUCAAAAUGCUCUAGCAAUACUGUUGCAACGAAGUGGUCAACAUAAAAAGGCUGUAGAAUUUUUUAGGGAAUCUAGUAGCCAAGGUUACAGUAAAGCCCAGUAUAACAUGGGCUUGUGCUACCAUCAUGGCUACGGGGUUGGAAGAAAUAUUGAAAUGGCUGUUGAUUUUUACGAAAGAGCAGCAUUGCAAGGUCAUCCAUUAGCCCAGUAUAAUUAUGGAAUUCAUCUAAUGGAAAAUGGUAACAGCCAGCAAAGUAUGACACAGGGCAUAAAACUCUUGAAAGAUUCUGCUGGCCAAGGAAUUGCUUCUGCUCAAUACUAUCUUGGGCAGUAUUAUUUGAAACGAAGAAAUUACAAAGGAAACGAUGAACUUGCUGUUAAAUAUUUUAAAAUGGCUGCAGAUCAAUUGGUAACUAUUAGUAUGCUGAGAAAUUCCUCUCAAUUGACUCUGACCUAUAUAUUUGUCGCUAAUCUUAUGUUUAAGGACGUUAAAGCGCAAUAUUACCUUGCUAUCUGUUAUGAAAAAGGUGUUGGUGUAGAAGUUGACUUAACCGAAGCAAGAAAGUUGUAUGAGACAUGCGUUGAUAGCGGAUAUGUGCGAGCUAUAACCAAUCUUGGUAAAUACUAUGAAAAUGGUCUUGGAGGUCUGAAAGUAGAUAAAGCAAAAGCUAUAUCAUUAUAUAGGAAAGCAACUUGCGCUGGUAGUCAUAAAGCGAAAAGUAGACUAGAAGACCUGCGGAAGGAAGAGUGCCGGCAGAAAGUGUCGGAAAAUGGUUAUUUAAGUAAGGAAGCAACUCUUAGUGAAGAAAUCGAUAAACGUUUAACUGGGACGUUUUUCCCAGCCAUGAUAAAUGAUAAAGAUCUGCCUUCGCGCCCAGUCGUCCGGUUCGCUCCUACGCGACGACAAGGUAGUCUGAUGACUGAAACUUCGUCAUCUGAAUCUGAUCCCGAAGACGUAGCGUCGUCGUAUAACAGCAACGUAGGACCCUUAGCACUUUCUGCGCUGUUUACUAGCAGUAAAGCUCAGGGCACAUUAGCGUUUGAGCACCCUUAA